CUCGUUCUACCCGUUGGGUCCCAUCUUUCAUACACUCCCCCCCGGCCCUGCAGCCUCCCAUUCACUCAUCCACCACUCUCACUCUCCCCUCGACUUCGCAGAUCUCGAAUCCUCCAGCACCAGCAGCAGCAGUAACUCCUGCGGGGUCUGCCCUUUGUCUUUUAUCUGUCUCCCUCUCCUCCUCCUCCUCCCUUCGAACAAUCGUUCCAACGGGCAUCUGCGCCUCUAUUUACUCUUGUAGUUCAAUUGUCGAGCUCUUGCAGAAGAGCUGGUUCACUGGCAUCGCAAUUACGAAUGCGCAUGAGAGAGGAGAGAGGCAGGCGAGCGGCGGACAGAGCUCAUUCGAAGGCGACGAGUGUCUUUGUCGUUGCUGAAUGCAGCGCGUGUUGUUGUUGUUGUUGGCAGGCAGGUAGCGAGCUGAAUCGCAGCGAAGGUAGAGCGAGGGCGUCAGGGAGUGAUCGAGAGAGUGAGAGAUAGACACUGAGAGAAAGUGAGAGAGCGAGAGAGGUGACGAUUGUAGAUGGUAAUUUGAUCGACGAGCUGAUUCUACCACUCCAGGUCUACACGGAGUAUGUCAGAAGAUUGUUGGGGAGUUUUCGAGAGAGUGUGACAUCAGACUUUGGAUGACGAUAGGACUGUAAUUGAGGGAGCAGACGAGUCGCUUGCCGCGUUCCAGCUGAAGGCAUCGUCGCAUCGUCGCUUCGUCGCCUCGACACUGGAAGGAAGGUGAGCGCGAGUCCGCAGGGAGGAGCAAGAAAUUUCGGUACGAUUCAGCGUAAAAGACCAAUGGCUGGUACCAGAGUCGAGCGGGCCGAGAGGCCAGCGGGCAGGGAGAACAUGGCCACCAAGGGCGGCCUGGCAAAUGCCCCUCCCGCAGCCAACACUCGGCGGGCGCUGGGCGACAUUGGAAAUCUGGUGGGUGCCAUGGCAGUGCGGUGCCACGUGAGUAAGGAUGGCGUAGUGAACCCCGUGAAGCAGGAGGUCGUCACCACCUGGGGCGCAAAGCAGCGGCGCACCGCCGUGGUCGUCACUGCGGAGGUCAAGGCCGAGCCUGUUGUCGAGGAAUCGAAGGUCCUCGAUGCUGCCAGUGCCAGCGCCAGCGCCGUCGAGGCCGACAUUGCUCCUGCUUCGGGGCUGCCUCCUCCGGGCCCCCGCCUCAAAGCCUUCGCCACUCGCGGGCAGCGCACAGCCGCCGUGAAGAAGGUGCCCACUCUGACCGCCACCCUCACGGCUCGCAGUGAAGCUCUGGGCAGGCAUGAUACGGAAAUGCUCGAAGCCGACGAGCAGGUGCCCAACAUCGACGAGGCCGACAUUGGGAACCAAUUGGCCGUCGUCGAUUACGUGGAGGAUAUCUACAGCUUCUAUCGUAAAGCCGAGGUCCAGAGCUGCGUUGCUCCCGAUUACAUGACCCGCCAGGCGGAUAUUAACGAUAAGAUGAGAGCUAUUCUGAUCGAUUGGCUCAUUGAGGUGCACUUGAAGUUCGGGCUCAUGCCAGAAACUCUUUUCUUGACCACGAACCUCAUCGACCGCUACCUUUCGACCGAGAGCGUGUCGAGGAAGACGCUGCAGCUCGUCGGAGUCACGGCUAUGCUGCUCGCAGCCAAGUACGAGGAGAUCAUCGCCCCGGAGGUCGAGGCGAUCGUUUUCAUCUCCGACGACGCGUACACCAGACAGCAAGUGCUGGCCAUGGAAAAGGCAAUGCUGAACACUCUCCGCUUCAACUUGACCGUUCCCACCCCGUAUGUCUUUAUGGUGCGAUUUUUGAAGGCUGCGGUCUCGGACAAGCAGAUGGAGCUGCUGGCUUUCUUCCUGGUGGAGCUGUGCCUUACGGAGUACUCGAUGGUGAAGUUUCCACCAUCGCAGCUGGCAGCAGCCGCAGUGUACACGGCCCAUCACACCCUUGGGCGGACACCAUGCUGGACCCCGAGUUUGGUCCGUCAUUCCGGCUACGCAGAAGCUCAGCUCAAGGACUGCUCGAACAUGAUGGUGGGAUUCCACCGCAAGGCUGCCGAAGGCAAGCUCCUUGUCGUGCACAAGAAAUACUCGAGCUCGAAGUUCCAGUCUGUGGCGACUCUGGCGCCCGCGGUGAUCUCCGCUGACGGCGAGUUGGAGAGCCCCGCGAGCAACGCUUGAAGGGAUGCGAUGGGAUCGGACCCGAUCGAUCGGCGGGGAGCUGAGAACCCAGCGUAGGAAAAGUAGGACGAAUUGUGCGAGUUGAGCUGAGAAAAUUCAGCUGUUGCGCGAAAACGAUGUAAAGAUGGUUGGUUGUCGGGUGGGGGCGGAUAUCGGCGAGGAAUUUCAACUUGUUGCGUUGAUAUCCCAUCUAGAUUGAUCCGUGGGUUGGGACCCGUCCGACGAACGGAUGCCUUGUAAUAUAUAUUUCAUGUCACGGCCACCAUGAUUAUUUUGAUUACCGAUCGAAAGCCAGGGGGUGCAACCUCCUUCUCGUCGCUGGACCGACGGCGCCCGGCUCGGGGCACGGCCGGACGGGAGAGAAGAUUAGAGACGAGUAGAGAAGAUUGUCGGUGCGAAGAGCUUCGCUGGGGGCGCUCCCUUCAUUGAACACAUAUUCGAUUGAGCCGCAGGAGGACAGAAUUCUGGAACCCCUCAGCUUUUUCCAUCUAGGAGGUAGAUUUUAGGCUUUCACAGGCGACGAUAGUAGCUGUAGUUGGAACGGUCUCCCAGCGCCCUGCAUUCCAGAAACUGGAUGUGGCGGUGUACUUUCAAGAAAACAUGACGACGCGAGAGAGCUUGGCAUAUAUUUCGGAACAUUUAUUCCAA